AUGGCUUCUCACGACGAUGAUACUAUGCCCGAGGAGACUCAGGGCUACAAGCUCUCGCAGCCUAAGCAGAGUCUGGCUGAGUACCAGCAGAUGGACGCCGGCGAUGAGUCUCUCCAGCGAUACAAGGAGUCCCUCGGUCUCGGCGGUGGUACCGACAUCUCCGACCCCAACGACCCCCGAGUGUGCAUUAUCCUCUCCCUGACCAUGGACUCUCCCGGCCGUCCUCCCGUCACCAUCGAUCUCUCUACCCCCGGCAGCGAGACCACCCUUAAGGACAAGCCUUUCAACAUCAAGGAGGGUGCCAAGUUCACCAUGAGCGCCAAGUUCAAGGUCCAGCAUGAGAUUCUUAGCGGUCUUCACUACGUCCAGGUCGUCAAGCGAAAGGGUAUCCGAGUCUCUAAGGACUCUGAGAUGAUUGGCAGCUAUGCUCCCAACACUGAUAAGCAGCCCACCUACAUCAAGAAGUUCCAAGAGGAGGAAGCUCCUAGCGGCAUGCUUGCUCGUGGUCACUACAACGCCAUCUCUAGCUUCGUGGACGACGAUAAGAAGAAGCAUCUCGAGUUUGAGUGGAGUUUUGACAUCGCCAAGGACUGGUAGACGCCAAUACCUUGAUAGCGCGACCCAACGACAAAACUCAAAAAUACAUAUCACACACGUCAUGAGAUAAUGAGAUACCUGAACAUUGGAGAAGAAUUUUCACACAAAAAACCCGACAUAAAGCAAAAGAGAACCCAUUUGGGCCGGAGAAAGGUGGUUGCUCUGUUUCGUAUCAUCUACUCGUCAUUGACGAGACAGUACUUGAACUCGGUUUGGAGCUUCAAUACUGCAGGAGAAUUAAAAUCCCUAUAUACAUCAAAGUCUAUGCUAUGCAAUGCAGGUCUAUUGUCUAUUACAAUGUGUGAAUGCUUGCUUUCAAGACAUGGUAUCAUUUGAUGCGGAUAUCGUGAAGCCCGAGCUUGAAGCUCCA